ACUGUGCUGAAGCUGAAUGGUGCUCAUCUUCAAACACAGAGAGCAUCGCGGAUGAUUCAUCGGGCGCCUGCAGCAUCCAGAGGACCGUGCGCGUCCACGCGUCGCGAAAGAGAGAGUGAAAGAGGAGUUGAAGGGGGGGCGGGGGGAGAGAUAGGGUAAUGAAAAUGAUGGCGACCGAUGCAGAGGAGAUAAGAAUCCAAACAAGCCCCUGUCCCAUCCCCGACAACAGUCUCAGCACUCUGUCCAUCAAAAUUACGCGGAAAAACCAAGAUAGACACUGGAAGUUGCGGUUUAUUUACCUGCAGUGCUAUUUCUUGACAGUUGCAACAAUAUUGGGAACUGGAAUCUUAGGUCUUCCAGUAACGAUAGCCCAUGCUGGACUGGUGCCUUUCCUUGUCUCCUUUCUCAUUGGCUUCUUUGUCCAGGCCUUGCUUAUCUACUUGUUUGUGGAACUCCUUCAGAAAUGUCAGGUGGUGCAGCUAGAAUCUCUUAAGACAGGUGUCGCAGAGUGUAUUGUGAUGGAUCAGGUGGGCGUUGAGGAUCCAGCCCCCACAGAGGAUGAGGAUGAGGAUGAUGAUGAAAAUGCACAAGCAGAUACAGGUUUACUACAGUCGGAUGCAGUAGCUCUGCACAACCAAGCAGAGAGCCUGCAGCCCAACCUUCACCUGCUUGGCUAUCUCUUCCUCUCCCGGCCCAUGAGCUACGCCUUCAACUGCAUCCUCCUCUUCCAGUUCAUUUCUAUUGGAAUAAGUUAUGUCUUAGCUGGCAGUGAGGCCUAUGCUGCUCUUCUUAAUGUCAGCCACAUCUAUGUGAUCCCGGCCUUCACUUGGAUUCUAUCUCUUGCUAUCUUACUCGCCUACACAAUUAUCCAGCCAAUCACUUCGCUGCUUACCCUGCUGAAAGGAAUGCUGCUCAUUGUCACGGUGGCUGUGACAUUUGCAGUGGGGUCAGAGGUCGGCCUUCAGAGCAGCAGUGACUUCAGUCAGAUGGGAAAACCUUUCCUAAUGGGCACUGUGGCUCUGGGAGGGAUUGUAAACGUGAUGCCUCUGCUCUUCUCGCAGAUCUCACACAACAAAACACAGAUCCUGUGGUUUCGGAGAGCAGUGCUCGCAGGCCUGACAACCUGCACUGUGCUCAACAUCCUCUGGUGCUGGGCGGUGCUGGAAAUCGUGCCCCAGACGUCAAUACCAGAAAGGUGGCUGGCAGCUGAGACGACAACCCAGCCCGGCCCCAGCAACCUGUCUGGUCCUCAUUCCUCCGCCUCCCGUGUGCUGUACUCCAACAUCUCACUAGAAGAGUCUGAAAAAGCAGGAGAGAUUGCAACCAUACCAUUGACUAAGAUUAUUAAUGAACGUUACAAGGCAUACUCCUGGCUGGCUGAGCUGAUCCAGGUGUUUAUAGCCAUCAGCGUCACUGUGUCCUUCCUGGUAAUGGGAUCUGCCAUGAAACACACAAUUGAUGGUCUGGUGAGCUCGGUGUGGAUCAGCAGACUGGAGUGGCUGUCUAAAGCCUGGGAGAGAAACCUGCCCAACAAAGAGCACAUCUGCUCGGCAAGAGGCGUGGCUAAAGGAUUCAUGUCACUGCUUGCAUUCCUUGUCAUCUUUAUCGUGUCAGUGUGUGAUCCCAGGGGUUUUAUUGUCAUGUUGGACAAAGUUGUUUCGUUCUCCCUCAACACUGAAGUGGGACUGUUUGUCUUCAUCAUGCUGAGAGAGUCCAGAGAAGAUAGAUUCCAACACCUUGCAGUCCCUCUGCCAGUAGGUGACUGUGUCUUCAGCCUCAGUUGGCUGCUUCCCACCUACUUCCUGUUUGCAGUAACCUACGAUGUCCUGCAGACCCUGGCAGAAGUGGCUCAUUUCCUGCCUUUCUACAGCCACAGUCAGGAGCCACACAACCACACUGGGACUGGGAGUGUAACAGCAGCCAACGUCUCCGUCCUGCUCUGAUCCUCAAGCAGACACAUCAGAGUCAUGAGGAGUUGAAAAUUGCCAAAAAAAAAUCAGAAGCUUCGCAAGUGCUUUUAUAUUGUAUUCCCAGUGAUCAAGCUCUUGAUACAAUUAUUCUUUCAAUCUUUCAAUCAUUUUGAAAAAUAAGUUUUAUUUGUCUUUUUAUGGAAGAGGAUUAGGAUUAGGGCCACAUGUGAAAAAAUUUGAGUUCUGACUUUAUUCUCAGAAUUUUGAGAUUAAACUCAGAACUCGAAUACAUUUUUUCACAUAUGGCCCUAAUCCUCUUCCAUAGUUUUUGAUGGUGUCUUUGGUGGCCAUUUUUGCACUCCGCUUCUCAUGGCAACAUAUCAAACAGGGCGCCCUCUUUUAUUUGUCUCUGCAACUGUGGUUGCUUCCUGCUGUAUAAAUCUG